UUCCGAGCUUUGCACAAUUCACAGAAUUUAUUAAUAACAACAAGGAGAAGAUCAAUAAUUCGAAGAUGCGUUUAACACUUUUGGCAAUCAUCGGCGUCCUCUGCCUGGCUUACAGCUAUGCGACCCCUGUGGAUGACAGCGUUGACAACGACUUCGUCGGAUUGUUGGACGUUGACACCGAUACUCAAGGACAUGCAAAUGAAGGACCUCGGGAGGCACGUCAAUGGGGAGGUGGCUACGGAGGCGGCUGGGGCCGUGGAGGAGGCUGGGGUCGCGGCGGCGGCGGCUGGGGCCGUGGAGGAGGCUGGGGUCGCGGCGGCGGCGGCUGGGGCCGUGGAGGCGGUUGGGGCCGUGGAGGCGGUUGGUAAAACUCCAACAAGAACCUCCAUUGCACGCUAGUCCAUUUGUAAAGGUCCUCCUUUCAGUUGUUUGUAAUUUAUGUGCGCGUGUAAAUAAAGAGCAUUUUGUGAAAACUAA